AUGAUUCACAAGGAAGCCAAAAAACAAGAUGCCGCCGCGGCGAAAUGUCUGGAAGAUAAAUAUCCCCAAUUGUUGGGCGAAAUGCUCGUCGUGAAUGCCCCCAAAUGGAUUCAUGUCGUAUUUGCCAUUUUAAAACCCUUUCUGCCAAAACGAUUGUUGCAAAAGGUGCGCAUCAUUCAACCACUCAAAAAGGAAAAAGAUUUACAAGCGGUGCUCGUCUAUUGUCAGGUCGAUCAUUUGCCGGCCAAGUAUGGGGGGAAUCUGCCGACGUGGCCGCCUGUACUAUUACCACAAGAAGAGUGA